AUGAGACCUGGCCAAAAAGAGUUGUUUGCGGCUAGCACGCACCUGGCCGACGCGGGGCGGCCAAAGUCGAAAACGAGGACUGCCAACGAGCUGCAGGGCGGCUUUGCUUGGGGCUCUCACAGUCUGCUGGCGCGGGCUGCGGCAGAGCUUCGCGCACAGGAGGAGAGGGCGGCGCAGCUGGCUGCUGAGCAGGAGGCGGCGAGGCGGGCGGAGCGCGAGGCGGCAGAGCUAGCGGGUGCGGCAGAGCGGGCGGCGCUGCGCGAGGAUGCGGAGCUGGCAGAGGCGCUGCGCCGGUCAGAGGUGGAUGCAGAGGAGGAGGCGCUGGCGCGUCGGGUGUCGCGGUGCGAAGAGGCGGUGAGCAGCGAGUCGACCGGCGGCGGCGGGGACUUGCCGCGGCGUGUCGAGCGGCUGGAGGCGAGCCUCGGCGCGGCGACCGAGGGUAGCCUCGAGGAGCGGGUCGGCGCCAUCGAGCGCUUGAUCGGGCCAGAGGUGGGAGAGGCAGCGGAGCAGCAUCUGCCAGCCACCGAGCCGCUUGCUGCCGUCUCACUAGCGGACGCCGGCCUCGACACGGGGCGGCCGGCUGCCCCAGAGUCCACGAUGGGGGGAGAGACCACGUGUAUCGUGUGUUUCGCGAGAGUCAAGUCGCAUGCGGCGGUUCCGUGCGGGCACUUGUGUGCUUGCGGGCCAUGCUCUGAGCUGAUGCGAGAGUGCCCUUACUGCCGCGAGCCAGUGAUGAUGUGGAUGGUUCCGCGUCCGGUCUAG